GCCCGAGCGAGACUGAACGAGGCCAGAGGGGUGUGAGGGCCCCGCUCCGGCUGCUGGCGGAGCGCUCGGGAGACCAUGUCCAGCGGCAGCAGCUGCAGCCAGACCCCAAGCCGGGCCAUCCCCGCCACUCGCCGGGUGGUCCUCAGCGACGGAGUGCACCUGCCGCCCGGGGACUACAGCACCACCCCCGGCGGCACGCUCUUCAGUACCACCCCGGGAGGUACCAGGAUCAUCUACGACCGGAAGUUCCUAAUGGAGUGCCGGAACUCACCUGUGACCAAAACGCCCCCGCGGGACCUGCCCACCAUUCCCGGGGUCACUAGCCCUGUGGGUCAUGAGCCCCCUACGGAAGUCAGCCAGGACCACCUGAGCAGCAGCCCAGAGGACAAGCCGGCGGGCGGUGAAGAGUCACAGUUUGAGAUGGACAUUUAAAGGGCCAGCCGUCGGAGUGAGCAACGCCGCUUGGGCCCCAGAGGCCCGUCUCGGGAGAAGGGUCACACCAGCCAGGCCUUAUGGAAGUCACCAUCCUGGGCAGCCGUCGGGUGUGGAGCCUUCCAGCCCCGCCCGCUGCUCCCUCGCUCAGGGCACCUGCUCCCCUCCCCCUUCGGGGACACCAGCAGUUACCUCUGUGUGCCUCCAGCCCUGCAGGAGCUGUCACCCCGAGGGCAGUGACCUCAGGCACACCCUGCAGCCCAGGGCCAGCUAGUGGACACGCUCCGGCUCUCCCAGCCCCCUCCUCCGGGGGGCGCACCCACCCCUUCCUCAGGUUGGUGUGUGGGAAAGCUCCCCUCCCCCUCCCUUCCCAAGAAAGGAAAUAAAAGCCACCUUCGCCCUAGGGCCAA